AUGUCGUCCGCGAGGCCACUCUGCGUUUUGUGCGAGCGUCCGACGGCGGACGGCGCUGUCCAGGCUGUCCACGUGGACAAGGAGAAGCUGCAGACUUGGUUACUGAACUUUUGUGGUAACGAAUUUGCCGAGGAAAUCGAGGAUGAAGAUCUGAUUUGCUACUUUUGCAUCUGGCAUGCAGAGUUUCUGGCCAAACAUGACUUGGAUUUCGAGGCUGAUUCUUGGUGGCCUCAGAAUUUGGAUUAUUUGGACGACGCGGCAAAAGAGCUGCGGAAAAGUUAUUUUGAUGGAAAAGUUGAGCAGAGCUGGGUUCAGUUGGAGGAAAUUGAGCAGUCAGAGAGCGAAGAAACUGAAUCAGAAUCUGGAACUGAGCAAAAGAAGAGAAAAUGUUUCUACUGCAUGAAGUCAUACAGAUAUAGUAGUGCCUUGGUUUACCACGUAAAGAACGCGCACAAAAAUGCCAUCAGCUCGAACACGAUGUCUGCGUCCUUUGCCGCCAUCUUUUUGCUUGGGGUGUGCCUGGCCAACGCCGUCAACUUCACAACCGUCUACGAGUGGCAUCAAUUUGAAUUCACGUGGCCAAAUGAACAGAUUGGACAAAAUUUUAAUCCAAUCUAUAUUAAUCUUCGAUACAUGGCUGUUUUUGGAGAAAGGCUAUUUCUUAGCCUUGAUUCGUCUUUGGGAAAUCAUCCCGCCACACUGGUGUGGCUGCCAACGAGCGGCACGUCGACUGCAUCGCCAAAGCUUGCUCCUUUCCCUUCUUGGGAUUUACACAAAAAAAACAACUGUUUCACGAUCCAGAAAGCCAGAGGUUUGGAAACGGAUACUGAUGGUCGGUUGUGGGUGCUUGAUGAUGGUAGCCACAUAUGUCCGGGCCAACUUUUGAUAUUCGACCUGGUCAACAACGACAGAGCAGAUCGCAUUCACCAGUUUCCAGACUCAGUCGUCUCUCAUUCAUAUAAUAAUAGGUACCUGCGUGAUAUCGUGCUGGACAAAACGCCAGACGAUUACCUUGCGUACAUCAUGGACUCAAGAUCUGAGCAAAUCGACGUUUAUAGCCGAAAAAUGGACAAAUCCUGGUCAGUUAAAACACCAGGGAGAAAAUGGUAUUCCUUGGCCCUCUCUCCUAACAGGGAAGUGAGGCAGCUGUACCUUGGAAGAGAUCAUUUCAAAGAACUGUAUUCAGUGUCUGUGUCUGAGCUGAAGAAUGAAGGCGGAAGCGCUGCUGUGGAAUUCAUCGGCAGAUGGACCGAAAGACCUUACAGAAUGCUAAUCGACAGCGCCAAUGUCUUGUAUGCCGCCUUUUACGAACAGAGUUACACCUCCAAAUGGAAUAUUUCAGAGCCCUUUCUUGAACAGCGAUUUUAUGAGGUCGGAGAACUGGGUGUUGAAUAUCCAUUUACUUUUGAGUUGGACACGAACGGCAAUUUAUGGAUGACGGAGCGAAAUAAAACUAUUAUCAAUGUGAAAAGGCAUAAACUACUCGAGGCUGCAGUCAGCGCUUCUACAGCACAUGGAACAACAUCAGUGACCACGUCUUCUCGGAUUCCUGUUUCUAAGACCACGAUGAAAAAUCCUACAGAAGAGCAAACUCGGCAGAGAUUUACUACGGCUUCUACCCGCCAGCACUCGUCUGCCCCUCCCCUCACAACCUUGACUACAAUUUACGCGAAUGAAGAGACUACGGAAGUCGUGAAAAGCUUGGAAACUGCUGGUAUUGCAGAAGAUGAUCGCAAAUGUCAGUCUUCGAACAAAAUUCUGAUUUGGUUGCUUGUUUGUUGCUUCAGUUGCUUGGUCUUGUGCGGUAUUGUAAUUUUGUGGCUGGCCCUGAGGAUGAGAAGAAUAAUGCAAACCUCUUUGAGGCAGAAUCCGAUGGACAAUAAUGAGGAAAUGUACGUUUUUCCAGGACAACAAGCACUGAGACUAAUAUAAAAUUAACGUGUGUUUUAUUUUAAUAAAUAAUUAGUUUAUGAAAAUAUUAGAAAUUGAUCAUAAAGCUUCGUACGGUUUUUUUAUUUUUCUAUAACAAAAUGUUCUAUUCUCGUUAUGAUGUUUUGAGCAAAAUAAAAAUACAUUUAUUGCUU